AUGUCUAUUCCCCAGAGCAAUCUUCGGGACUUUAGCGCGCGAGAGUACGACUAUGUAAUCGUCGGUGGAGGGACUGCUGGCCUAGCACUCGCAGCACGGCUUAGUGAAAAGACCGGACCUCAAAGUCGCUGUCAUCGAGGCGGGACCAGCGGUCUUCGAUGA